GAGCUGAGCAAACUAACCAUCACAGACACACCGCAGCUUUUGGAGGAGCUACAGGAAGUACCCGUUGAAAGGAAGGUCUGUGGUUCUACAUCCAGCUCCACAACUACAGUUCAACACAUCAACCCCUGUGUGGAUCUACCUGCUCUCUUCGGACACAAUCUGAAACAAUCCAACAAGCUAUACAGCAGCUCUGAUGCCGAGUUAGAGACACAAUCACAUGCCUCAAGCCACCCAGAGAGAAAAGAAAACCACUGUUUAUAAUACCAAGACAAGGACUGAACACAAUAAACCCUUGCUUGGAUCAUAAUUGGACGACCUUUCAGCUGAAUGUGUGUUUUGAAACUACAGGAAAGCUGCCCUUCAUUUUGACAUCGUCUGAAAACCUCUUAAAGCAUGUGCCUUUAAAGAAACACUCCAUCCGGGGGACUCAUGUUUGGGGACUUUAACUCAAAAAAGAAAAGAGAAAGAUCUGCAUAAGAGAUCGAAAAUAGAACGGCGAAUAGUCGCAAAAGUGCAUGUCCCAGUUGUGAAAUAUUCCUGGCUCUUUUCCAUGGGAACUAAUCCAGAGUGCACGGAGAAGCACCUCCAGGGAGGUCUUGUUAGGGUUUGAAUAAUAUCGUGCGGGUUGAAAGCAAAAGUGCAUUUCUGGGCUCAUCUCUGAGAGCUCCACUCAGAGGAUUACCGUCCAAAACUCCAGGAAAAAUGUAGAUUUACUCCACUUUGAUCCUGCGUUUGCAUUUCGGGAAGGUAUAAAAGAGUGAGCGGUACAAUCCAAACUUACAACUCAGCUAACACAGAAAUCUUUAGUCACGAAGAGGAAGAAAAGCGAGUCGGGAUGGAGUGCAAACAUGCGUCUGCUAGAAGAGGAGACAGCUGGAGCGGGACGUCCUGCACACGAGAGAACUCAUCCCUGGAGACGCUCAGAUCUGACAUCUUGGAGAAAGACGAGCUGAAAGGAUUGACGUCUGGCAGGAUGGAGAGGAAAACAAACCUCAGCCGGAGUGCCAGUUUAUCUGAAAAGGAGCUAAAGGAGGCUCGGACCAAGAGUCAGAUCAUCGCCGCUCAGCUCCAAGCCAACUCCAGCUCAAAAGGCGUCCAACUUUUCAACCGUCGCAGACAGAGAGUCAACGCUUUCACACUCGUGAGCGUUGGAGGAGGCGGAUCCGAGGCGUUCGAGAAUGUAAUUAAUCCAUCUAUUGAAAGUCCACAGACAUGGGACAAACCGCAGCCAACUGAGGACCAGCACGGAGAGUUGAAUAACAAGAUCAUCAAAACAGCUCUCGCCUGGUCAUCCGGAGGAAUCGGCAAUAAUAAGAACAUGGAAGACGCCGGGGAGUUUACACAUGAGGAUGAGGAAAGCAGACACUUUCUACCAGUCAGCGAGAAAGACGAAGAGCUCUCAGAAGAGCAUGUGAAGGAUGAGGAUACUAUUUCUACAGCCAUGCAAAGAUCUAGUCAAGACGGAGCUCACUAUGAGGAAGUCCAGAAUGGAUACAGCACACACUGCAAUGGAAAAUCAACAACUAAACAGCCUGCUAUCCUAAACAGAACAGCUCGACCGUUCUUCUCCCCGACAACAGUAGGAUCUCCUAAAGCUACAAGUCCAGAAAUCUCUUCCUCAGUGACGCCACAAAACUUCUCAAGCAUGCACACAAGACCAAUUUUCUCUCCACCGCCACCUCCUCCACCUUCAUAUCCGACUCCUCCUCUUCCUAGCCAUCCUGAAACUCAUCCUCGAUCACCUAGAGCUUCUUCCUUCUACAUCCGGCCUUCAGUCCCGAGGCCUGCAUUUGUUCCCGAACACUUAAAAAGCGAGUCAAGACCUGUAACACCCAUCAAAACAGGCAUUUUGGAUGAAGGAAGGGUGCGCAGAGGAACCCGCAAAUCGAUGUUCACCUUUCAGGAGAAGCCGACGGUGGCUCCGAGUCCUGAACUGCUUUCUUUGGUGCAGGGAACGGAUGUGAAGAAGAAAGCGAAGCCGCAGCCAGACGCGGCGCAGGAAGAGGAGCUGCUGGCACUCGGAGCCGAAGCUUCCAACUUUCUAGCCAAAAACGAGGAGGAGGAUAUUCAUGAAGAAGCUGUGGUGCCGGAGUGGGCCUCCAGUUUGAAGAGCUCCAGGACACGUGCCAGGACAGAACACAAACCCGAACAGGCACUGACCAACGCUUCAGGAAAAGGAGCUCAGCUUUUUGCCAAACGCCAAUCGAGGAUGGAAAAAUUCGUCCAUGACAGCAAGGAUCUCAGAUCUCCGUCUCCUACAAUGUCUUUACCUCCAUCAUGGGUGUAUCCGUCUAACAUGCCCGGGCGAGUGAAGGCCAUAGUGAACUCCUCCAAUAUAAGCGCACAGAUUUCUAAAACUCUCCAAGCUCAACAAGCCACUCAGAAAAAGACCAUCCCUGCCAAAUCGCCAGCUCCUGCACCACCUCCCGAGGUUCCCUUAGAGAACGGCUGUACUAAAAUCGAAAUGGAGCUGUCUAGACAUCAGCCUUAUCAGCUCAGCUCAUCGCUUUUUAUCUUCAACCCAACGAAAGACCCGUACAGCACUCUUCCUAGAUCUCCAAAACCCGUCAGUCAGUCAUACUCCAGACAAACCUCCCUCCCUACAAGCCCAUCACCGUACACGUCAUCCUCCUAUCGCUCAGCUCAUUGUUUUUCUCCUCCCAUGACGCCUCAAACCGCAGGAUCCGUCAGUUCUCCUGAACGUGUGGCUUCACCUCGGUCUAACGUUCAAGCUCCACGUCCUGCAUUCUCCGCUAAAAAAGCUGGCAUCGCCCCACAGAUUAAGCAGGAGAUCCUGGCACCGGUUCCCAGUCCUGGCUCCACCACCCCAACAUCCAGCAGGACCCCCAACCUCAGCCGACGCUUCACCAGCCCCGAGGUGCUCUCUACCGGGGUCUGGUCCCCCAGUGGCUCCCUAGUGUCCUCCAGCCCAAUCUACAAACCAACACCAAUCCAUAAACCCGUCCCAAAAUAUGAGCCCACCGUCACUUCAUCUCCAGGAGUCUACAAGCCAACAAUCAGCAGCUCUCCAGUGUCUCCGCCAUGGGAAAACAGAUGCCAGUCGCCCGCCGUCAUCCCCGACACCAAAGCCAACCACCGCAUUUUAGCCAAAAACAUCAUCAACGCUGCCAAGCGUAAAAACAGUCCGUCUCCCGGCCGCAAUAAUCUCCCGAUUUCCCCCGGGACUGUGCCUUACGAAUAUAAACCAAUCAGUCCGUUUCAGCUGCGGAUGCUUGGUGCACGUUCGCCCACACUCACCAGCCCGUCUCCGACCCGUAUGAUGCAGUCGCCAGUGCGUUUGUACAACACGCGUUCGCUGACCGACUCUGACGCAUCGCUGGAGUCUGAGGAUUCACCAGCGCCUCGCAGCUACAACACCUGCCCUCGUGGAUGGAGCGCAGGUCUGCAAGUCAAAAGAGGAGGCAUUUCUGAAGACCUGUAGAAGCACUUAUAAAGGAGCCGGAGUUCAGCGUAUUGACCAAAGUGUGCCUUGAAUAAUGAAUGUAAGGAUUGAGCGCUGUGGAUUUGAGCUUGUGGAAUCAGUUCGAAUGUUUGGCAUCAGUAAGAUUCAGCAAAGAAUACUUUAAAGGGUUAGUUCACACAAUGUUUAUUUUUAGGUGAACUAACCCUUUAGCCUGAUGGAAUUUAUUUGUUCAACUGUUUUGGGCUGGGGUGAGUCAGGAAAAACUAUAUUAAAAAGGGUUUGCUCACACAAAAAUUAAGAUUUAGCCUGCUGCUAAAAAGUGCAGUCUUCAUUGUCACGUGAUCCAUAAAUCUUUCUGGUGUGCUACUCAGAAUUGAGUUGU